GUAUAAAAAGACCACAAUUUCCCUUCCUGUAGACAUCAGACUGCACAUAUAAACUGAAUUCUAGAUUUUGGACAAAAUGAAACUUAUUUCAUCAAAAGGAUUCAUUUUAUGGAUUUUAGCCACUUCAAGCUUGUUCACAUCAAACAUCUUUUGUGCAGAUGAAUUAAUGAUGCCCAAUCUUCACAGCAAAGAAAACUAUGACAAAUACUCUGAGCCUGGAGGAGACCUCACAGGGGAAAAGAAAAGAAGUCUCUAUUUUGAAGAGUUAAAAGAUUGGGAUCCAAAAAAUAUCAUUAAGAUAAGUCCACCUGCAGUCAACAAAAUGCCCCACCUGGCAGCCAACUUGCCCCUGAGGUUUGGGAGGACCAUGGAUGAAGAAAGAAGCACUGACGGAAUGGCCAACCUACCUCUGGGAUUUGGAAGAAAUACAGCGGAGAGCCUCGCAAGACAUGUCCCUAAUCUGCCCCAAAGGUUUGGGAGAACAACAACGGCCACGAGUGUCACCGAGACCCUGAGAGAUUUGCUCCAACAAUCCAUGCACCCCCCAUCUGUCAAUGAGUUACUUUAUUCCAUGACAUGCCAGCCCCAAGAAAUCCAGAAUCCUGAUGAAAAGCACCCAAGGAGACGGGGAUUCAAGAAAAUUGAUGAUGCAGAAUUGAAACAAGCAAAAUAAGAAAUCCAGAGCUUGUCCCUGAAGCGAUAAUAUAGCCGUUGACCUGUGAUCUACACACUCUACAGUGAAGACAACAAUGAAUGAAAAGUCACCACACUCUUUUAAUGGGUUAUCAUUGGCAGCAAUUUUUUCUUGUCAGCACAACUAGUAUCUUGAAAGUUAUUUAAAAAAAAAAAAAAAGUUUAGAGAAUAUUGUAAUGUAAAGGUGAAAUAAUUUUUGUCUAAAUAAAAAGAGCAUUGCAAAUACUUAAGAAGCUUCUGAUAAUGGGAAGAGGAAGAGGGAAAAGG